AUGUCUCCUUCCAGUAGUGCAAACCUUGAACGCAUUCGCAACAACCAGCGCCGCUCCCGCGCUCGUAAGAAGGAAUAUGUCCAGGAACUGGAGGAUCGGCUCCGGAAAGUUGAGCUCCAGGGCGUCAACGCCGCAUCGGAGAUCCAGGUCGCCGCUCGCCGCGUUGCCAGCGAGAACAAGAAGCUCAGGGCCCUUCUCCAUCAAAACGGCGUCAGUGAGGACACCAUCGACACCUUCCUUUACACAUCAACAACCCCUCCCCCACAGGAUUCGCCCACCGGGAGGCUGGCUCGCCUAGGGCCAUCGGUAAAUAACCUCGAGCAGCUUCUCGUCCCUCGGCGACCCUCUUGCGCCAGCCUCAGUGUACCCCUGGCCUCUCCCCAAAUAAGAUCUAGCAGAGAGCCGUCCGUGGCCAGCGACUCCGCCUGCCACUCGUCCGGAUCCUGGGAACCUGGACCCCCUGUGUCAGCGGCCGGCGCGAGUCCCAUCAGCGGCAGCGUGUCGACUUCUCCUAUGCCGGGUCCGAUUCAGCCCCUCGCUCCGAUUCAUCUGCAACCGUCCUCUCGAAACCAGCAGGUUGAGGGUUUUAGCAUUGAGUAA